AUGGCCACCGCUUGCGUCGUUUCUACCGUCGCGGAUAUUCGAGAUGUCCCGUAUCAUCCACAAAGGAUCCGGACAUCGUCGAGGACUGGUUUGGAUGAUGUCCAAUGUCGAAUCGAAGAGGAUGCGGCGGAUAUAUGUACUGGGAUUACAAGGCGGUGUGAUAGCGCCAACAUUGCGUGCUGCCCGUCAACGCCAGCCUCGCGGUUAACAUUGUUUACCUCACCAUCAUACUUGAAAGCUUAUGCGCUGGUCGCAGAGCUUCUUUUAUCUAUACCAAGCCCCCCAAAGCGGCGGAUAGAUGAUUCGUCCUCAGAAGAGUACUAUGCCACUGUACCACAACUCUAUGCUGAUACAGAGUGCUUAGCCCACGCGAGAGUUGAGACAGCAAAGUCUGCCCCUCCCACAUCGGACAUUAGGGAAAUCGAAGUGGGGAAAGACGGCUUGUUGAGUGAUCCUUCAAUGGGAGAUCCACUCAAUCUUGGAGAUGCGACAGGCAUACAAACACGUGGCGGUAAAGCUAAAAAGGCGAAGAAGGCGGCGCAGGCCAGAUGGGCGGGGUCGGACAAUGAAGACGGUGCGAAAAAUGGGGAAGGAGAAAAUGAUGGAGGAAGUGGUGGGGGAGGCGAUGGCGCAGGUGGCGGCGCAAUUGGCGGCGCUGGCGGAAAUGGCGAUGGUGGUGGAGGGGGAGAUGAUGGUGACGAUUGGGAUACUGGCGGCAAAGGGAACAAGAAGAACAAGAAGAAGGCCAAACAGGAAGAGGAGAAGAGGAAGGCACAGGAAGAAGAGGAGAAGAAAAAGGCACAGGAAGAAGAGGAGGCAAAGAAGAAAGAAGAGGAACAGGCAGCGGAAACUAAUACUCUUAGCUGGGCCAAUGAGCCAAAUGACGCGAACGGGGACGAAGAAUGGGCAGGCUUGACGGGCAAAAAGGAGAAGAAGAAAAAAGGCAAAAAGGGCGUCGAAGAAGUUGCCCCCGUUGCGCCAGCCCCUCCGACUGCAGCUUUUCAUGAAAUCAGUCUCGACGACAGCGCUCCGAACCUGGAUUUCAGCUUCGGUGAGACAGACACGAAGACGAGCACCGGCAUUGGUGGGUUCGGGGCAUGGGGCAACACUUGGGAUUUUGGAUCUGUUGGCACUGGCACUGUUGGUGAGAAGAAGGACGACAAAGUAGUGAAAGCCGAAGCAGAGAAAGGUAUUAAAGACUCGGCUACCGAACCUGGAGACACCAAUCCUUGGUCCUGGGGCAACAAGAGCAAGAACAAGAAGAAAAGCAACAUGAGCAGCGGUUUUGACUUUGGUAAUUUUGGAGCUACCCAGGAAGCCACUGAUAUCGACCUGGGAAUGAACGGCCCCACCGACGUCAAACCUGCCGAAGAGGACAGCUGGGGCUUCGCACCUGUUACCAAGAAGGAUAAGAAGAAGAAGGGCAAGGACACAGGCGAGGAAAAGAACGAAGAGGCAGUCGCAGCUCUUCCAGAACCAGAAAAAGACAAGGAAGCUGAUAACUCUUGGGGCGGAUGGGCCACAGGCAAGAAAGACAAGAAGAAGAACAAAAAAGAUACAGCAGAAGAUAUUGUUAAUGCCUUUCCCUCUGCCCCACCUGAACCUGCACAGGAAGGGGGCGAGGAAUGGACGUCUUCUGGGUUUGGCAAAAAAGGUAAGAAGAAGGGUGGCAAGGGAGCAGUCGAAGAGUCCAUACCCGAGAAGACGGGAAAUCUGCCUGCCGCAGAGCCUCAAUUUUCCUUUGGUUGGGCACAACCAUCUUCCACAAAGGACAAGAAGAACAAAAACAAGGGCUUAAUUGACGAGGUUGAAGAUGACCCUCUCAUGACAACCGAAGAUGCUGCGACCGGUGAUAUUCCAGCUACUAGUGAUGAUGACUGGAUGAAUUCUGCAUGGACCACUGGCAACAAGAAGGACAAGAAAGGAGCCAAAGCUGUGACUGCGGAACCGAACUACCCACCCGAAUCAACGACAGCGGCUGAUACAAAUACGACCACUUCGAACACUGUCGUUGAAAACGAUGAUUGGACUUCCGGUACGAAAAAGUCAAAGAAAGACAAGAAAGGGAAAAAGGUCGAUUCCAAGGGAUCAGGUAUCCCACCGGUUCCUCCACCGGUUCCUCCACCGGUUCCUCAACCUCCACCAGCGCCUGCUCCUGAAGCAGUGGAGGAAGCUGACAGUUGGGGUGGGUUUGGCACGAAGGACAAGAAAAGCGGCAAGAAAGGCAAGUCUGCAAGCCCAGAGCCUUUUAUCCCGGACCCUGAGCCCCCUCUGGAAGAGGCUGAAGAGCCCAAAGAGGAAUCUACCUGGGGCUCAUGGGGUCUCUCUGCCAAGGAUAAGAAAAAGAAAGAAAAGGAGAGCAAGAAAAAAGGUACAGCUGAACCUGUCGUCGAUGUUCCUAUCGUACCCGUCGAACAUGUCGCACCUGUCGAGGAACCACCUGUCGAGGACGAUAUCUGGGGCUCGUGGGGGGUAACGGGCAAGAAGAAGAAUGGCAAGAAGGUUAAGGAUGAGCCACCACCGCCGGCGCCAACUCCUCCAGCACAGGGAUUGACUCCUGAGCCAGGUCCAGCAGCAAUGCCAGAAUUCGAAGACUAUGGUUGGGCAGACCUUACCGCAACCAAGACAAAGAGCAGCACCAAAAAGGGGACUCUCUCGCGCUCGACGACCAUGACGGGCAAGUCAUCGAAAGUGGAUAACGCUAAGGCCAAGGAUGAUAAGGACGAGCAGCUUGACUCUGUUGUAAGUCCCAAGGUUGAGACAGCACUGUCGAAAAAAGACACUGCUAAAGAAGAGACGCCUGCUAAGGCGGCCAAGAGCAUCUGGGGUAGUUUUGGCGGUACCACCACUUCGGCCGCUAAGACCAAGCUCGCAAAAGAAAAGGAAAAGGAAAAGGAAAAGAGGGAGGAAGAAGAAAGGGUCAGGAAGGAAGAAGCUGAAGCGGCUGCCCUUAUGGAAGCGGAGGCGGCUGCCCUUGAGGCUGAAGCAGCUGCCCGCGAACAAGCAGAGGCGGCUGCCCGUGAAGAAGCAGAGGCAGCUGCUCUUGCAGCCUUCGCAGAGCCCGCGAAGGACACCAAGAAGUCUACCAAAUCCAAAAUAACAGGUAAAGCAUCCAAGGCUGACCCCAAGGCAGCUGGCAAGCUGGAUGAGAAGAAGAAAAAGGCAGACGAGGCAGCCCUCGUUGAUAUCCUGGGCGCACCAUCGCCCAAAGAGGAAAAGGCGUCAUUCAAACUCAAAAAGUCCGACGCCAAGCCUGCAGAUGACAAGAAGGACAAGGAAGCCAAGGAGGCCAAGGAAGCCGAGAAACAGGAGGAGAAGAAGUCAGACGACUACUUCGGAUUCUGGGGAGGUUCGAAAAAGACAACUGGCAAAAAGGAAGCGGAGACGAAAUGGGAAAUUGACAACUUGGGAUGGACCAAUGAGAGCGAUGCACUAGCUGGCUUCCCGAACGACCUAGAAGAGCCCAUGGCUGACCAACCAACUCCCAUCAUCAAACCCUCGAAAACAAUGUCCCCGGCUGCUGCAAAGAGCAAACCAACUGCAUCAUCAUCUGUAGCGGCAAGAAUCAAAGCAUUCGAGGCCAACAAGAAGGAGGAGAAGGCAGACAAGGCGGACAAGUUGAGAGCUGGGUCACAGCUGGCCAAGGAUCUAGAAACACUACCAUCUCCACCGCCACCGCCUCCGCCUGUAGAAGAAUCGCCAAAGGAGGCAAAGAAGAAAGAUUCCAGUCCCAAGUCGAAGACUGCAUCGGCAAGCACAUCUAAGCAGCCCAAGAAGAAAGAACUCUCUCCUCCAGUCGAGGAAAAAAAGUUAAAAGACAUUGUCCCCGGUAGUUUCCCCGGUGCAUUUGGUGACGACGACGAUCUGAUGGCGCUGGACGACUUUCCAGCUGCGCCAGAGAUACCACCAGUCAAGAAGGCAAAGGAUGACAAAAAGCCGAUCCCGAAAUCCAAGACGGUGAAGAUGGAAGAUAUUCUGGCAGAAGCUCCCGAGGCUUUCGAGGCUUUCGAGGCUCCCGAGGCUUUCGAGGCUCCUGAACCUCCCGAACCUCCCAAGCUACCCACUCCACCACCUGAGGAGAAGAAGCCAGUCAAGAAGGAACGCGCCCGAGUCGAACGGACCGGAGCUGCUUCUUCCUGGGGCUUCUGGGGUGCUGCUCCGACCCCGAAGAAGGACUCUGCCAAGAAGGAAUCUCCGGCAACUGUAGAGGAAGCAAUUACGCCUUCGCCCAAAAAGAAGACUGCUUCCCCAGGACUUACCCGUUCCAAGUCGACAAAGACGCCCAAGGAGAAGGAACGUGAUGACAAGAAAGACGCGGAAAAGACAUCCAAAUCAUCUGGAUCCGACACCAAGGAGAAGCGACCUGAAGCCAAACAGUCAAAGCCUAAUCGUGGCAUGAGCUUUUCUGCAUUUAUGAUGGGUGGUGCUCCUCCCUCAGCAACAAGGGCAAAGCCUAUACGACGUUCCAGUGUUACUGGCGGCUCAAAGACUACUUCGCGGCGGCAGUCAAUGGACGUAGAUGCCGGUGGACUUAUGUCGCCGCCGCCUGAUGAUCAGCCACCGGUUUCUGACAAGGCUGCUAAGCUCAUGGGCGUGAAAGGCGCGAAGCUUGAGCGAACAAAGACGGUCAAGGGUAAAGAGAGAGCGUCUGGUAUGUUAUCGUCUCCAAAGCUGGGGAUCGCUGCUGACGAGACUCCUCAAGUUGUGCCCGAUCCAUAUCCCAUCGACGACAAUGAUAUGGUCAUGGUGAACGGACUUGAAGAUCCAUUACUCAACGGUGCUUCUUCUAAGAAUCCACCCAAAGAGAAGAUAGCGAAGACCAGGUCAAAACAAGAGCUACAAAACCCCGAGCCAGGACCCUUUCCAAUGAUGACGACGUUGUAA